AUGUUAUCGUGGACCCCAAAUUUUGUGCCAUCAGACCGAAUUACUUCGUUGGACUCGAUAAAAAAUGUGAUAGGAGAACAGUUUGUUACAGUCAAGGCGAAAGUGCACAGCUUGGAUAGUGUGAAGAAAAUAACAACGAAACUUAAUCAAACACUUAACAAGCAAGAAAGAAUACUACUUGACCCAUCAGGGCAAAUGAAAAUUCUACUAUGGCAAGAUCAAGUCAAUUCCAUCAAGGAAGGGGAAACGUACAUCUUUAAAAACUUGCGCGUUAAGGAUAACCAGUACAAAGAACGUUAUGUUAAUCCACCAAAAGACUGUAAUAAUUAUUCUGUUACAGUAGCUGAAAGUUAUCAAGAAAAACUGCCAGAAGCAGAGGUUAUUCCUGAAACACUGAUUGUCGCACAAGGUAACAUCUGCGGGGUAAGCAAUAUUGCAAAAUCCAAAUCCUGCCUUCUUUGUGGUAACAGAGUUAUCCCGAAGAAUGACAAAAUCACCAACUGUACAAAGUGUAGAGUGACUGUGAAGCUACAAUUUAUCGUGUCUGCAUGA